UUUGUCAUGACGAAUUUCGUCUAUUUGGAAGAGGUUUCUACUUUAAACAUCAAUAGUCGUUUGUAAUUCACAUUCUCGUCUAACUUUUUCCCCAUUAAACUUUAAUAUAGUUUUGGACAUUUGAAUUUAAUGACCGGCAGUGUAUUUUAUGGACUGUCAAAAAUAUUGUCUUGCAGACAAUUGGUUUUGGUAUGCGAUUAUUUUAAGCUCCUGAUUUAUAGUAGACAGCAAAAUUUGGUCAAGACAUAGGUCCAGACAGGUUAAAAAGCGGAGGUGCGUCAACACUACCAACACCCAGGAGUCGUGCAUCGGAGUGGACACGGAAAUGUAUUAUCACUGACAGGAAGUCGGUCACUUUAAACAAACAAAAAAGUUUUGCAAACGCUAUUUUGGUGGAACUGACUAAAGGACCUCGGGACGAAAAGUGCGAUAGCACGUUAUAACACUGGUUGUAUGUUGAGGAAGAAAAGGCGGGUUGGAGGAGAAAGAGAAAGGGGGGAGAUACGGAAAUCAACCGAUCGCGACAUUUUGUACGGGGCAUCUGGCAGCCUGGGUUACGAUUAAGAAAAUGGCUGACUCCAGUGACAGCAAGCCAUUUGUGGCGACUUCUUCUAUCACCUUCAAAGUUACCACUCCUUCCUUUUAUAACCAACCAAAAAAGUUUGCUUCUGUGGCUCCGCCUCGGCCCAAAAGUCAGACUAGCCAACCGCAACCCGCGACCUCUAACCUAAUACCUGCCAGCACAGCCGUUAUUGGUCGUGUGGGAGAGCUUCCUCCGCCACCUCCUCCUGUCUGUGAUGACUUCCCACCCCCUCCUCCCCCAUUGGAUGAUGCUGAGCUACCAGUCCCACCCCCUGAAUGUCAAAUCACACCCCCUGCUUAUGAGGCCCCUCCCCCUGCCUUUCCUGCUCCUCCCUCUCCGCCUCCAGAAGACUUUCCUAUUCCAUCAGCACCUGAGGACAUCUCCUCACAAACGUAUACCCCUCCUCCUCCCCCUCCGCCUCCUCCGCCUCCCCCGCCACCUCCUUCCAGCAGUAACAAUAAUAACUCACAGAGGCUCAUGGAGAAGCAGACUAGCUUUGACAGGCAGCUGGAUUCCCUAACUGAUCUGUUGUCUGAGAUGGAAACCAGAGGGCCUUUUAACCCCAAGAUACCUUCUCAAGCUCCACUAGUGUCUGCACCCAAACCAUCUGGCCCACCAGCCACUGCCCCAAAACCACUUUCCUUCCUGCCUCCCCCUGAGCUUCAGGACCACCCACCCCCCGCCCCAUGGGCUGAAGAGCUCAAAGCCAGGACAACAAACAGACAAGCCAAUCAGGGCCCUGCCCCAACCCAUAGUCAGCCUCCACCAGCCAAUAAGACUCCAACGGUGGCCCCCAAGACAGGCUUUCCCACCAGUCAAGGCACAUCCAACAACAAGAACCCAGCUUUCGGCUCCAAGGGAGGUGUCACUGCUCCCUCUGCCGUCACGAAAGCCCCAAAUUCUAUCACGCCCUCCAUUGCUGCGAAACCUGCCCCAUCCAAUUCAUUCCCUCCUCCCCCUGUUAAUCAAAAUGCACCCAAGCGGGCCGUUUCGCCGGUUGUCAACCACUCGAAGACCUCCCCAGCUGCUAGUCAGGAAACUGUGAGCGCCCCCACUAUGGCAUCACAGCCUAAACCGAUUUCUUCAGCAUCUCCUCCGUGCGGCCAAUCUGCAGGGCCUCCAGCCUCCAAGCCUGCCCAGCCCCCUGGUUCUGGUUCUGGUUCGGGAAUGCCCCUUUCCAUGAGAGAAGUGGAGGAGCUAGAGAAAAUGACUCAGGACUUCAUUAAGAACAUGGACGCACACGCCCCUGUCAUCACCUCACCUCCCACAGAGGUUUGUGGGAAGUGUAGGCAGGCCCUCUCCCGCUCUCAGCCCGCCGUGCGAGCCAUGGACAAGCUCUUUCACUCCGACUGCUUCUGCUGCAUGACCUGCCAGCGACCCCUGCAGGGCUUGCAGUUCUAUGACAGAGAUGGACAUCCACAGUGCGAGGACUGCUUUGUGAACUCCCUGCCCGUGUGCGCCCGCUGCGGCGAGCACGUCACUGACCGCGUGCUGAAGGCUGUCGGCCAGAGUUUCCACGCACAUUGCUUCCGCUGUAGUACUUGCGACUGCAGCCUGGAGGGGGCGCCCUUCAUCACUGAUGACGACAGCCGGCCCUACUGCGUUUCUGACUACCACCGUCGCUUCUCACCGGUCUGCGUGAGCUGUAAGGAGCCCAUCGUGCCUGAUCCCGGCAGCGAGGAGACCAUCCGGGUAGUGGCUCUUGACAAGAACUUCCACCUGAAAUGCUACAGAUGUGAGGACUGCGCACGCCCCCUGUCUAUAGAGGCAGAUGCUGAUGGCUGCUACCCAUUGGACGGUAGAAUCCUCUGCAUGAAGUGCCACGCCCACCGUGUCAAGCAGGCCGCACAUUGAUUUGUGAAGACAGCCGCCAGUCUAAGCCUGACCAAAAAUCAUACGCAUAGAAUAGCUUUGGCUCUGAUUUUGUGAUUUAUAGCCAUUUCUGGCCUAUCUCAGUUCAGAGGUAAUGUACUGUACUGUGCAAAUCCUGUAGUCACCCCGGUUAGCCUACGUCUAUGAUGUCUGUCAUACAUUUAGCUCCCAGCAUGAUUUGCACAGGUAUAGCUUUGGCUUUAAGCAACCUCUAACACCAAUGCACUUUGGGAUUCCUAGUACAUAGCAACUUCUCCAGCACUCUUAUUUCAACAAAAGUAAAUCUGAGUACUUUAUAAAACCUUUUGUGGGAGUUUAAGGUGCAUUGGGCUUGCUCCACAAGUCGACUUAGGGGGCUGUUUAUUCAUUUCUAGCAAUCAUAAUAUAUGGAGUGUUUUGUAUAAAUUACAUUUCCCAGCAAAACUUUCUUGCAAAUUUUUUGGUCUCAGUGCUGCAUGGGGAUAGUAGUUUUAGGGCUAAAAAUUGUAUUUUGACUGGUGAGCCUGUAAAAAUUUGAGGGUUUUUUUUCCCCCCACUAUAUUCAGUAUUUAUAAAGACUGAAAACACUUUUGGCUUGCAGCUAUAAAUACAGUGGUUUAAAAUGCCAUUCAGUUCACACGCUUAAAUUAUAGAGUAUAACAGGUGUUUAUGAAAAUAAUGCAUAUUAAAGUGCUUCUAGCACUGCAGCCCAGCUGAAAUUACAUUGCCAAUUAAAUAGCUCAUUUCAUUUUCCUAAUGCCUGUGUUUUGCAACAAAUUUAGAUAUUUAAACAUUAAUAUUGACACUUCGGAGACUAUAACAACAUUGCCUUUGUUAAAUAAGUGAUUUCAACGUUAGUGUAGAAGUUCAAAUUACAAAUACGUAUAGAAUUACUGUUAUGGCUGCAUAUGAAUACAUAGCUGAACUUAAAAUGUGUAUUUAAGGCACGCAUGAAAUAGAAUUAGUUACACACCUGCACUUGGAUAUCUUUGAAAGUGUUUGAAUUGCAAUUUUGGAAAUUCCAAAACAAUAAUUGCUAUUUGAAGAAAUUCCAUACAUGUUGUUAUAGUUACACUAAUACUGAUGUCUCCAUCUAAUAAUAGCAUGUGCCUUCAUUGUAAGUGGUAUAAACUUAAUUGGAUCACAUUCAUAGCUGCACA